AAAUUCAGGAACCGUAAGCGGAGAGCCAAACCCUUGUGACGUAGUCUUCCUUCUGAAUGCAUGCCCCAAACACAGUUCAGUACACGCGCGUUACUCUAAUACCCAACCAAAAAGUAGGGGUACUUCAAUGUAUUUCCUUAGAUUUCGGUAGAAAUUGAUCACUCUAAAAUCCUGCAAAGUGAAAACACUGACCUCACGAAUGGGCUCCCAUCCCCGUGCUAAAGAUCCCGAUUCGAAUCCCCGAUCUCAAACGAGUUCCGAAAUUUUUUUCCGUCCGUAAUUGGCCAUAGAACGAGUGCUGAAACCGUGACUUUUCCAGCGCGGAUGAGAAGAUUGAUGGUACGUAUCCCACCAACGUCGUGGUGCGUAACAACGGAAGUUGUACCUACAUACCUCCGGGAAUCUUCAAAAGCACGUGCAAAAUCGACAUCACCUGGUUUCCUUUCGAUGAUCAGAUGUGCCAAAUGAAAUUUGGAUCAUGGACCUACGAUGGGAACCAGAUAGAUCUCAGGCUGGCCAGCGAAGACGGCGGAGACCUGUCGACGUACAUCAUCAAUGGCGAAUGGGAUCUCAUCGGGUUACCGGGAAUUCGAAAUGUAAUAUACUACGCAUGUUGUCCGGAGCCUUAUGUAGACAUCACAUUCACCAUUCAUAUUCGUCGGAGGACGUUGUAUUACGGAUUCAAUCUUAUCAUCCCCUGCGUUCUAAUCUCUUCGAUGACGUUAUUGGGCUUCACACUGCCACCCGAUUCUGGGGAAAAACUCACUUUAGGUAAGUGAUUCCUCCCCACGAACCGCGCGUAACCCGUUUACCGUGUUAUUUGCAGAAGGAAGGAUCCCUUGUAGGAGCAUGAUCCCCCGUACUACGUUUCCAGAGAGAUGACAUCGCUCCUACAACGCAUUGCACCGACAACUGAAGAAUUAAACCAAAGGUACUGGUUCCACUGACGAGCGCGGAAGCGGAUUUUUGAUUGGUAGAGGGACCAUUUACGUUUCUUUCUUCUAAGCAAAUCUCUGCUGGCCUUUCAAGAAGAUGCUGAAGAAGACAAAGAUCUUUGUACUAUCCUGGGAUUUUCAUAAAAAUAUAUUCUAGGUCUUCAAAUAUUUGAUGGCCGGAUGACCGGAGCGGUUAAUGCAUCAGUCUACCUGUUCGAGGAGUUCCUGGUUCGAAUCCGAGUUAGAACUCCCAGGAAUUCUUAAAGGAUGGAGUGUACAAGAUAUGUCAAUCACCAUCCUUCAAUACUCAGCUUUCCCAUAGAGGGUCUGGCUGAAUCCACGAUGGCUAUGACUAAAAAUGGCCAUCUUAGUGCCUCAUAAGACACCAAAAAUAUUCUUAAGGAUCCAUGUGAAAUCUAAAAGCAUCCGUGACAAUUAAUUCGAAUCAUUCUUUGUAUUUUACGGCAAUUUUUAUUAGUUGUAGCCGCUUCCGCGUGGUUUCGAGGGACCAGUAUCCACUAUUUUGAUCCACGAAUGAAAGUUUGUCGAAUGGCCAGACUAUUCGAUGGACAUUCAACGUGUAUUUUUAAUUAUUUAUUUAUAUUUCAAUUAUUUAACUAACAAAGCCAUUGUAAACAUUAACAAAAUCUCUUCCCCUAGAAUCUUUAAUGUUGAAAUGUUUCAUCUGAUUGAAAUGCACCACAACUCGCUGUCUUCUGCUCCUCACAGUUAAGAAUUUCAUAUUCAUAGGCAUAAUUACAGGAACCUUACAGGAAACUAAGUCUAUAAGCCAUCACUUAACAUCAGAUUGAUAGAAGGCACGCAACACAUGGGUAAUCUAUCUAACAAGAUGUGGUGCCUCUGAGAGACUCUGAAAAGUGUGAAAACUUCACCCGACCAGCCCAUUAGUGAAGAUCAAAUCAGCGACCACCUACCAAUAUUCAGUGGUGUCAAGCGUGUUGCUAAAUGGAAGAAUGGCUUGAAGAAGUAAAGAGGAAAUCCCUGAAUUACCUGCAUCAAGUCGUUGUUCUCCAGAAUAAUAUAUUCUGGAUUCUUUCAAAUGUGGAUAAAUGCACAAAGCAGGAACCAAUAGAGAAUAGUAAUUCGUGUGCGACUCCACACUCUUGAAUAGAUGUGAAGAAGAAAAGGAAGAAGAGGAGAGAGAGGAAAAAGUAAAAUAGGAGGAAGGGAAGAGG